AUGAAGUGUGCUACAUCAGCAAUUUACCAAUCACCUAAUAUUGUUUUCAUUAUGGUCGACGAUAUGGGUUGGAAUGACGUUUCAUUUCAUGGUUCAGAUCAGAUAAUAACACCUAAUAUUGACAAUUUGGCAUAUCAGAGCAUAAUACUUCAACAAUACUACAGUGAGGCCAUUUGUACUCCGGCACGUACUGCGCUUCUAACAGGAAAAUAUCCCAUGAGACUUGGCAUGCACGGUAUGCCGCUAUUUAACUCAGAAGAUAGAGGCAUUCCUUUAACAGAGAAGCUUUUGCCCUCAUAUUUGAAAGAUCUUGGAUACACAACGCAUUUAGUAGGAAAAUGGCAUGUUGGAAUGUCGAGAGAACAAUAUUUACCUACUUCGAGAGGAUAUGACACCCACUACGGAAUGAGAGGAGGAUUUAUCGAUUAUUAUACAUAUAAUAAAAUUGAAACUUGGCCAAAUGGACGUCAACAUUUCGGCUUAGAUCUGUUUGAUAAUGAUAUACCUCAAGAUGAAGAGCAACGUUACAUAGUCGAUGCACUUACAGAUAGAGCAGUUAAAAUAAUCAGACGGCACAACAGCUCAUGCCCACUAUUUUUGCAUGUGACUCACAAUGCGCCACACGCUGGUAACGAUGGUGCUGCGCUUCAGCCUCCAUUGUAUUCAUCAGUUAGACAUAGACACAUUGCCAACUCUAAUCGGCGAUUAUACGCAGAAGUAGUCUCAAAAGUUGAUCAAAGUGUUGGUGAAAUAGUAAAAGCACUUUCAGAUAUGAAUAUGCUAGAAGAUACAAUUAUAAUAUUUGCUUCAGACAAUGGUGCGCCAACUCUUGGUGAUUUUCCUAAUUGGGGGGUGAACUUACCAUUUAGAGGAAAGAAAAACACGCCAUGGGAGGGUGGGGUGAGAGUUCCAGCAUUUAUUUGGCAUACGUCAUUUAGACCUAAAGUAUGGACUGGGUUGAUGCAUAUAACCGACUGGAUGCCAACUUUAAUUGCUGCUGCAGGGGGUACAAUCGAUAAAGAGAUCGACGGCGUAGAUCAAUGGCAGUCUAUGAUUCGAGAUGCAAAAUCUUUAAGAAAGGAAGUUCUUAUAGCUGUUGAAGAUAGCGAUAGAAAUGUUUAUGCCGCAUACAGAGCCGGGGAUUACAAAAUCGUUGUAGGAAAUGUAUCUGGUUUGAAUAAUGGUUAUUAUGGAGAAAAUUAUAUGGCAAUCAAAAGUCAAACACCAGAAUACUUUCCGCUAUUGCAAAACUGCGAAGUUGCGAGAGUCUUUGAGAAAAUAGGAAUAUACUUACAUCGUCAGGAAGUCAUGGCUACGAGAAGAGCGACCACAAUAAAACCGCAAGGACCAGUGACAAAUGUUACACUUUGUGAACCAACGCCAACUCGCGGUUGCCUUUACAAUAUACUUCAAGAUCCAAGUGAAAGGCGAGAUUUAUGGGAAAAAGCAAAUAACAUUGCAGUCAUGUUAACCAGCAGACUUAGAAGCCUUUGGUCCAUGCAGCAGAGGAGGGGUCCAUUAGUUUUAAGCUUGGACUCUGAUCCUGUUAAUUUUAAUUACACUUGGAGGCCUUGGAUUAAUGACAGGAAUGGAUCGGAUUUAAAUGAAGUUAAUACUAGACAUGAAAGUAUAAAAAGUGACGGCACAUUCGAUAAGAAUUCUCAGACCUCAGAUAAGAAAACUUAUCCGAAGUUUAACGAUAGAAAGAUAAAUUACAAAAACAUUACGAUGGCUACCGUUGUUAAUUGUGAAGGUGCUACUGUUAUAAGAAACUUUUUGUGCAUUUUAAGAAGUGUUUUUUAG